UUACAAAAUUAUGAACGGAUAGGAGGGGUCGAGUGAUUGGAUUCUCAUAAUUUUAACUUGAGCUGAAACAUACUUUCUGUAGUGUAUCAGAAAUAAAAAUAUUCCUGUCAUCAGGGGAAGCCCUCAUAAUAAUCAUACACAUUGUAAUUGUCUUCAAGCAUGAAGGUAAAACGGGUUGCAGUCAACAUCAUGCCAUGUAUACAGCGUCUUCCAUUUACUUUUACAAAACAUCAAGCAUAAACAAUUCACCCUUCGGUUUUUGUAAGAGGCAACUAAAUGGGGCGGUCCUUCGGAUGAGACUGCAAAACCUGACAUCCCGUGUCGCAGCAGAUCUCUCAUGAUAAAGUUCGUCACUGUUUAAAGGCCGUAAGUGUCGAGUUUUGCAACCCUUUACAGGCAAUUAGACGGAAAGAUUAUCGAGCGGGAACCAACCUGAACUAAUCAUAAUGACAGGUAUAUAAUUCCGCCGAUCGUACAAAGUAUGAAAGUUGAGCAAUAUAAGUAGUACAUAUUUUAACUAGAUACCCCUUCCAAGUUGAUGGCGAUCGAUACUCCCUCCCCGUUUCGAAUAUCAUGAUUAUAUCAUCUUCAUAUGAUUUUACAGCUUAUAUGUGCAUGUAGGUGAACUUCAGUUUAUAAAACUCUUCUUUUCAUUUUGGAAAUGUCAAUGGCUGAUGCCCUAAGCUUUUUUCAAAAGCUAAACUUGUGUAGAAUAAUGGUAGCGAUAUUUCUCUUGAUCUCUGCAAUAACCGUAGUAGAAUGAACCACAGUCAUACAGCAUAGGCACAUCUGUUAUUGUUCGGAGUUCCAAAUUCUCCUACGGAAGGAAUGUUAAAUUACCGUCAUACUUUGUAUACAUACUUUGUAUUGAACCCAGUUCAUUUCCUACAGUAUAUAGUUUAUUGACGUUACCCAAUUCCAUUCUUUCUAGGAUACAGUGUAAUGUUCAGUCCAGCGCUCGUGGAAAUAAAGCAUGUUUGGGGUGGAGUUACAGAAAUCAUCCAGAGUAUCAUUAAUUUAUAUUUCUGCUGAUGAGAAUCUUUUGAUGGUGAUUACUAUAUUUUAUUCCUUAUUGUGGCUAAACAUUUCAGGCGUAUCAAGUGUUCUGUGAUUUGUAUAGUUCCUUACAAGGAAUAUAAUUACAUGCAUGGCUAUCAGGAUUGUAUCAUGGAAAUAUAGGGAGAAUGAAAACAUGCUUUAAUUUAUAUAGCUGUGAAACCGAUUGUGCACAACUGUUGUCAGACUAAAAUUGUUUUAUUUCCCCAUAACAUAAACGAACAAGGCUGUUUCACGUUUGAAGACCACAGUUCCAAUAUCGAGAAAUAUAAUUCAAUGAAACAACCAAAUGUGUAUUACUGAGAACGUCAUGCUAAAAUUAAAUAGAUCCAUAUUUGUAGAAAGUCAGUUUUACAUAACGCACAAUGUUAGUAUAUGCCAAAGAGUAGGACGGAUAUACAAAUAAUAUUUCCCUGUCAAAGCAAAGAGAGGAAUUGGGCGAACGAAAGUAUAUGAGGGAGAAUUGUACUAAGUAACACAGUGUGCAAUCGACCCCCAUGAGGAUGUUAUCAUCCUAAGUAUUUUAUAAACUCUCUGACACGUAGUUCAGUUUUUUGCGUUUCAGGAAAAAUCAUGAAUUAUAUUCAACUCUGGUACGUAUCCGUAUUAAUGGAAUAUCUUCAUACUGCAAUAAUACUACUUGCAACCACCAUUCCAGGUAAGCAUCAUGUCUUAAUGUAGAUGGUUUCCGCGAUUACUUUACAAUAAAUUUAUUUGUAUUUAAACUAACUAACAGCUACUUGCUAAAUGUUCCGAAAUUUUAAUUUCAACAAUUAAAAGCAUAAGAUAUUUAAUACAAAUGGCUAAACUGUUUUGAGAGGACCUUUAUUUUAUAAUGGCUUAUAAUAUUUACAGAUCACACUUUGGGACUGGGCUAUAUUAUAUACUCUUGUUAUCACAAAUUGUUUUCUCUACUUUUACUUAUUCUCUAGAAACAUGGACAUAUACAGUCUGCGCACGGUCUCAGCAGACAUCAACCAAUGGAUCUUUUGCUGCCAGUCUUGGUUGUGAUGACAGCAUGGAGACCUUCUCUCUAACCAAUGAUGGAGUUAAUCAGUCCUGGUCUCUUGAGUUAGACAAUAUUUAUACAAUUGAUUGGAUUUUUCUUUCCAUUGGUGCUGGUACCUACAGUAUAGAUGUAGAAAUAAUUGGAGGUGUAUCGCCUGUGAAGUGUACGGAUCUCACCCAAUCUGAUGGAAUGAAUUCAACAUCGCUUCAGCAGCUGAUAACAUGUGAAUAUCCCAGUGCUGUCUACCGGAAAGGAAAUAGAAUCAGGAUAACUCGAACAGGAAAUGGACAAACAAAAGUGUUUGAAUUAAAACCAAUAGAACUGUCUGGUAUUAAUCGAUCAAUGCAACUGAAUUCUACGGAAUCUUCGAGUGGAUUGUCCAAAGCUUUAGAUAACGACAUGGACACGUUUUACCAAUCACCAGAACAGGCCCAGGCGUCUUGGUUCCUAAAAUUGGACAGAAACUAUGUGAUUAAAUGGAUUCUUAUAUCGACAUGGGGAGGAAAUUAUGAAGUACACUUUAAAGAAGAUGAUGCAAUAACGAGUUCAUCAACAAUGUGUCAGAAUUUCAGUCUCCAUGGAAUAAAGCAACAAUACAAAGCCUUGGAAUGUUACAAAGAAAUGAAGGGGGAUACCAUUCUUAUAAAAAGGACCGAUGACGGACCAUUGAGGCUGUUUGAAUUGUAUCCUAUAAUAUGUACUGCAGGUCGCUAUGGACCAAACUGCGCUAAAUGCAGGAAGGAGUGUGUGUCCUGCAGUCCUAUAACAGGUGUCUGUAACCAAUGCCAUGGACCGUUCUAUGGUGACUUUUGUCAGCACCAAUGUCCAACAAACUUUCUCAACGCUACGUGUGACCAGACAUCAGGGACGUGUGAGAGCUGUAUAGAGGGUUACUAUGGAAAGUGUUGUACUCAUGAAAUCACUACAGCGUCAACAAUUAAAGAAACUGAAGCGUUCACACGAAAAACCAACAAUGAUGAGGUCACCACAAACUGUGAUGAGGACACCACCAUUUCUGACAAAAUGGUUGCCGAACAAGAUGCAGAUAGAGAGGUAAAUAACCUGACUGUCAUAUUGCUGACUGUUCUCGUGGUGUUAAUUCUGGUAUUGGUCCUAACUGUGGUUGUCCUCUUUAACAAAAGCAAGAGAACAAGACAAGACAAAACAGAAAAAGAAAAUGGCCUCCUCGUGGAAUUCCAUAGAGUGGAGUCACGAAAUGAGUCCGAGCUGGAGGAGAUUCCCCAGGACGAGUCUUUGUUCGUAGAGGAGGAAAUCAUUACCGUAGAGUACAGUAAUUUGAUGUCGCAAAGAAUUUCUAUAGAUCAAUUCAUUAGAGAAUUACCAGAGAAAAAGGACAACGAAGUACUAGCGAAAGAAUUUAACGAUCUUCCCACCGAACUACUAGAAUCUCAUUCGAAUGCCCUGAGGGCAUCCAACAGAAAGGGAAACCGAUACAAAGGAAUUUAUCCAUAUGACUAUAAUCGUGUGAAGUUGAUGAGAGAAGAUUUAAAUGACAGCGAUGACUUUGUCAAUGCAUCCUACAUUAAUGGUAUCAACAAGGAACGAAGUUACAUCGCUGCGCAAGGUCCUUUCACCCCCAAGACGUUGGAGGAUUUCUGGACCGUGAUCUGGCAGAACGACUCAACACGGAUCGUUAUGCUGACUAAUCUUUACGAGGGAGACAGAAUGAAGUGUCUGAAGUACUGGCCGGACACGCUGCUGGACAUUGGCCCUUACGUCAUCACACUGGACACUGUGGACGUGUAUGAUCACUAUGUCCUGCGAUAUAUGACUGUUCAACAUCAGGAAAAGUCCAACAAAAAUUUUUUCACCGUUACCAAAUGUGACGAUCGGCGAUGCGGAACGUGCCCAUACUUAAGGGAAGGAAGUUCGUUCGAAUUUAACAACAAGGAAUUUACGGAUGAAGAGAAGAGGGUAACACAGUUCCACUUCACCACUUGGCCGGACAACUCCGUCCCAGAUGAUAUGACGUCACUCAUAUGCUUCCGUAACCUAGUAAGAAAUGGACUGAGCAUUUCAGAUGGGCCAGUGGUCGUCCAUUGCAGAACGGGGACGUUUAUCUCCCUUGAUUAUCUCCUGGAAGAGAGCGUUAUGGAACAGACCAUUGAUGUCAGGGGAUAUGUUGCUUCUCUAAGACAGCAGCGGGUAGGAUCUGUACAGACAUGUGAGCAGUACAUCUUUCUCCAUGAUGCACUGGUUGAAGGACUUACAAACAUGAACGUUCGCCAUAGCUGUCUAUCUGUGUUGUAAUGCUGUUUUGUCAGGCAGUGCUGUCUGUUCUAAUAUUAUGGAUUUUCAAACUGUACAUGCGUUUCUGCGGAAUUAAUGUUUUCAUUUCUGCUUGAUUAAUGUAAAUUUUAAAAUAUUUCAUAUUUCCAAAAUUUAUAGGAUACGUACUUAAUUGGGGAUUGAACAUACUGUUAAUAUUAGCCUUAGAAUUGCAUUGUCUCUAGAACUAAAUUGAGCGUAUGAGUAUCGAAAAGUUAAUAAACAUGAGAAUAAUUGUCAA